ACACUAGCGAACCAUCACCGGGAAGCCACGAUCGAGCGCGCUCAUGGGGGCGAGGCAGCGCGGCGAGAGAGGGGGUAUCUCGACGUCCAAAAGGUCGAGGCUGGCGGCGGCGGCGGACGCGGCGUCGUGGUGCCUCGCGCUGGCGGCGCUGGCGGCGCUGCUGCUGGUGUGCUCGCUCGGGGAGACGUCGGAGGCCGCGGUGGUGGUGCGGGGCGCGUCGCUGUCGGCGCGGUGGCGGCCGUGCGAGGAGGUCUACGUGGUGGCGGAGGGGGAGACGCUGCACGGCAUCAGCGACCGCUGCGGCGACCCCUACAUCCUGGAGCGCAACCCGCACGUCCACGACCCCGACGACGUCUUCCUCGGCCUCGUCCUCAGGAUCACGCCCUCCCUCCAUCUUGAAGCCGUCCGUCCCCGCUAGCCCGUAGGUAGAUCAAGAAAGAAGAUGAGUUUGAUUCUUCUGCAGAAUCAUUCCGGUUCGCUCUGAAGAACUCUGAUUUACGAGUAACCUCGCUAGUCUUAGUGGUAGAGGACAGAGUGUCAGAGUGUCAGCCUUGUUUCCUUGUGAUUCUCUCUUAUACUUCGUGCGUGGAAAAUUGGCUGAAUCGUUGGGCCGUGGAGCAGAGGCGGUGUCAGGUAUGUCCGGAUGCGCCGCGCCGCUUAUUAGGGCGAGCGCCCAUUAGAGCAACUAGUUAACGAUUACUUUUUCG